CCGUCCGAAGCACCGCGCGCCUCUCACACACAUCACCAAACAUCACAUUUAUACACAACACAUUAUAUACACAUAUUUGCAAACGCCAACUCUACACUACUAAACAAAACAUUUACGAAUUUGUAUCAUCAACAAAAGUGCAAAAACAUUCUGUCCCAGUUUCAGUGCUAAUAAACAUUUUGAUACUAAAACAUUACCUUGGUGUCUGCCUGCCUAUUGAAGGCAGUUUUUAUUUUUGAAGUGCAAGUUUAGGCCCGAAAAUCAACAUGAAAACUUCGUCGUUUUCCCUCCGAGUGAUGAGAAGGGCGCGGAACAAACCGGCCGACGGGAGCGGACAUGUGAAUCAAAAAAACGCAGCCGGACAGAAAUCAGGUACAGCGCAGAAGGGGGGACCAAAGACGCCGGUAAAGCCAUCAGCCCAGAAGGGGUCAGUGAAAACCGCCCCUCCGAAGCAGGCCGCGGCCGCCGCCAAGACUCCCCAGGGGAAGAAGAAGAAGGGACACAAGCACCAGCAGUAUGAACUCAUCGUUACUAUUAAUUUGUCGGAAUAUGGCCUUUCAGAGGAACAAGUUGCCGAGUUCAAGGAGGCGUUCAUGCUGUUCGACAAGGACGAGGACGGCACCAUCACCAUGGCCGAGCUGGGCGUCGUCAUGCGGUCGCUGGGGCAGCGGCCUUCAGAGACGGAGCUGCGCGACAUGGUGAAGGAGGUGGACCAGGACGGCAACGGCACCAUCGAGUUCAACGAGUUCCUGCAAAUGAUGAGCAAGAAGAUGAGGGGCGCCGACGGCGAGCACGAGCUUAGAGAGGCUUUCAGGGUAUUCGACAAGAACAACGACGGUCUGAUAUCGUCAGUGGAGCUGCGGCACGUGAUGACGAACCUGGGCGAGCGGCUCAGCGAGGAGGAGGUGGACGACAUGAUCCGCGAGGCCGACCUGGACGGCGACGGCAUGGUCAACUACGACGAGUUCGUGACAAUACUGACAUCGAAGAACUAGUAUGCAGAGACCCCGCCUGCGCGUGUGAGGGAGAGCGCCGAGCCCCCCCCUGCCCCCUCCCAGUGUCGAUACGAAGACAUCCACAAGUUAGGCGGAAAAGAAACACUUAUAUAGAAAUAGAAGUAACGAAAGAGACAGACAGAUUUCCACCUGUCCGUGUCCAUUUUUAAGUUCAAGUGUUAAUUGUUUCGCCGUUAGAGUGUGCUUGGUGGCUGUGUAUACGUACUUAAUGUGUUUUUUUUUUAAUUAAAUUGGCAUUUCUCAAUUAUUGAUCCUAAAAUUUGCGAUUACUGGAGAAAUAUUUUGAUGAAAUAGUUUCAAUUUGGUUUUGCUUUAGAGAAUUUAUUAGUAGAAGUGAAAUGUUAAAAUUACUAUGUACUUAAUAAACCCAUGUGAUGCUAAGACAGAUGUGACGAUGAUCUAUAGUCUGGCAACUUCGUGGAUUGCCUGUUAGGGGGUGAUGAGAUGAUCAACAAAAAAUUAUACGAUUGAUGAGUGCAGGUGAAAAGUAGUUCAUAACUGAAUUAGUAUGAUUUAUUCAAAAAACUCAUUAGAAUAAGCUACUCAAUCCAUGACAAUCCAUGUAUAAUCUACGUAGGUUGCCCGACUGUAUAUCUAUUCUGUCUCACAUUGUGGUUGAUUUUUACUGUAAUAGAAUCCAUCUAUACAUAGAAGUGGUUAAAUUGUAAACUAGUCAUAAAUAUUAGUAUCUAUGCAAUUGAUAAAAAAAAAGUUAUUUUAAUAAUACAAUGAGUCUUGCAUUUUCUGAAAAACACAGUACUAUACCUACCUACUUACUUAAUUGUUGUAACAACGAUGAUAAAAUAUACUUAGGGCCGGUGUUAUGAUCCCUUGUUAACUCAGCAAUUGGUCACUGUCAAGCAUGACAGCUGCAUGGGUUUUGUUAGCUUUUAACUGAUGGUUACAAUUUUUGAUCAAUGGUUAAGCUAUCUUCGGAUCAAAUAACUGCUGGCGCUUAUAGAGAAGGUUGUGGCCACAACAUUUUAUAAUGAGAUAUCUAAAUAAAUAUUAGUAUACCCUAGUAUUAGUACUACUGUUUUUCUUGUAGGUACGUAUACACGAAUGAAAGGUCGUUUAUUCGUAAAAAUAAUGUAUAAAGGCAAGUGGAAUCACAAAUUGGGGGUUUACCGGGCAAUAUGACCAUGUUUUAAACAAUACACGUUGGUAAAAACCAUUAUGUUGAGGUAAAUUUAAGUGACUGUGUUAAUGUAUUUUGGAUUUUAAAAUAUUGAACAAGAUUAUCACCGUUUACGAAAAUAAAUUCCCUUGCAAAGAAAGAGAGUUUACUUUGCCCACUUGACCAAUGCCCACUUGGUCACUUUGCCCGCGUGACCCUGCAAUCGUUGAAAUGGCUAUAAGUCUUCCAUAGCAAGAAGGAUGACUGACAUAUGUUGAGCCAAGCGGUAGUUCAUUAAUGUAAAAGCGAAAAAAAUAUUAUACUUACAUACAGUGCCGUAUUGAAAUUAAUACAUACGAUUUCACAGCAAAGUAACUAUAAGCAAUUGGUUCGAUUUUUUUAGAUUGCUUCUAAUUUCUUUUGAGUUUUAUUAUUAUUUUUAAUCAGAUAUUAUU